CAUUCUGCUUUGUGGAGCCCACAGGAGCGUGGUGUUUGUGGGGGGUCUCAGCACCCCGUUCUCCGGUGAAGAGCCAGCUUCCCCUUUUCCUUCCUUCCUAUUUCUUUCCUGCCCGUUCCCACUAUGACUUGCAUAAUGGUUCAGCCGAGAACAGCGGUGACGUGGAAUUCUCCGUGUGGCGGGCAGGGGUGGGGGGGCGCUUUGCCUCGAGCACUUCUGACCACAUCUGGGUUCUGACCACAUCUGGGUGAAGCAGAGGGGGCAGAGGGGACUUUGCACACGCUCGUGCGUGGCCUCUUCUGCGAGCAGACACCGAGACAAUGCGACAGAUGUGAAGGAAUCCCCCCCCGGGCGUCCACAUGGCCUCAGAGAUCACUUACGCCGAAGUGAGGUUCAACAGCCACUCCAGGCCCCCCAACCCCAAAGCAGAUGCGCCACAAGCUCCCAAAGCAAAAGCCACUGCCCAGCCAAGCAGUCUGGGGGUUUCCACGCUGCUGUUUGCGUCGCUGGUGACAUUUUUCCUGCUAUUGGCAAUCUUAUUCUUGGUUUUAUUUAUCAUUUUUUUUCAGAAAUAUUCUCAGCUGCUUAAAGAACGCCAUGCUGCGACAGAGCUGACCCACACCCAACUGGAGUGUAUAAAAAGUCCCGCGUCCAUGGGAGGAAAAGUCUGGAGCUGUUGCCCACAGAAGUGGAAACAAUUUAAUUCCCACUGCUAUUUCAUGUCUAGUGAUGUAAAUUCUUGGGAGAAGAGCAAGGAGAUGUGCUCUGGUCUGCAGGCGCAUCUGAUGGUGGUGAACAGCAAGGAAGAGCAGCAUCUGAAUGAUCGGUUCGCUUAUUACCUGGGCCUGUGGGACCCGAACCAUGAGAAUGACUGGCAGUGGGUGGAUCAGACGCCGUACAACCUCAGCGCCACAUUCUGGCGCCGAGGUGAACCCAGUGACCCAGGGGAAGCCUGUGUUGUGAUAAACAAUCCACGAUUGACAGGAUGGGGCUGGAACGACAUCCACUGUAGCAGCCCUCAGAACUCCAUUUGUGAGAUGGAGGCCAUCUAUCUAUGAUCGCCUCACUGAUGGCUCCUGGAUCAUCUUAUUCGUGAGCGAAGCCCGUGGUGUUGUGUCGGUAUUCAUCAUUUCCAUUUUUGGCUUUUUGGUCGGUGGUGGGGCUGGAACUCACAGUCUGAGCCCCGCUGUCCCUGAGGUUUU